GCCUAGAGUCUGUGAGUGAGUCGAGUGUGGAUGAUGCAGAAGCAACGCUCUCCCUACACUGGCGGCGGCUUCAAUCUGCAGCAGCUGAAGGCGACCACGUUCAACAAGGCCGAGAUGGCCAAUGGAAGGCCGUUCCUGGCGCAGCUGGCGCACCAGGUGCAGGUGCAGCAGCGGCCGCAGCAUCAUCUGAGCGGCUCGCCCCCUCAGUCGAUGGGCUUCCUGCCCGGCAAGAAGACUCCGCACUCUGCCCAUGCUGCAUACGACCGCGGCCACGCCGCACCAGACCAUGGACCGUGCAUCGGCACCUCGCGCAGCUACAAUUCGAUCUCCAACUACAACGGCGCCUACGAGGGCGAACUGCCCAUAAACCUGAUCAAGAUGGGCAAUGCGCCGAUGACUGGCGACUGCUGUGGCAUGAGGCACUUGCCACAUGACGAGGGCCACAACGACAACAACACCCUGGACCACUUGGACAAAAUGGGCGGCAUGGGUCACAUGGACAUGGAGAAUAUGAACAGCAUGAGCAACGUGGGUCACAUGGGUCAUGGAGGUUAUGGGGCGCCCAUUGCGCACAUGGACAGCAUGGACAGCGGCAAGACUUAUCAGAGCGAUACGGAUUCGGAGACCGAGUACAGUCAGCAUAUGCAAAGCGUUGACGCCAUCAAUGGCGAGCCGACGCGUUGGCGUCGCGCCUUCGACUUCCUCAAGUCCGGGAUGCCGCCGCAUCGGCAGGAGCGCAUGGAGGCCGUGCUGCAACGUUGCUGCGAGAGCACCUUCUUCAACCAUCUGCUCCUGGUGCUGCAGCUGUUCAGCAUCCUGUUCGGCGGCCUGCUAAUGCAGAGCCUGCGCCUGGGCACCAAUCUCGGCCAGCUGAACUUUCGCCUAUGGCACUGCAAGUUCCAGCUGCGCACCUUCCAGCGCCAGCUGCUCUGGCGCAUGGCCAAUGCCAAGGGCAACGACGCCAUGCUCUUUCUGGGCGUGAUGCUCGUCUCGCCGUGGCUGUUCCUCCUCAGCCUGGUCGGAUUUUGCAUCUCGUUCGUGUUUCACUUCAAGGAAGGCGUCGGCAUCAUCCUACGCUAUCUGCGCGUACAGAUGCUCAACUAAA